CACUUGACGUGUUGUCAAAGUCAAAUAUAACAAAUAUUCCUUAACAAAAUGCAGCAAACCACAGUUAAUUAAUUAGUGAAAAUUAUAUUAUCAUAUUUAAUCAACUAAAAGGGGGAAAAACUUUUUAUUAUGUGAUCUGCAAGUAAUCUCAAAACUUCUACGAGUCGACUGAAAAACAACAUGAGGUCUGCACACAAAAAUACUUUAUUAAAAGUAGUGAUUUUGGGUGAUGGGGGAGUUGGAAAGAGUUGUUUAAUGAACAGAUUUGUCUCAAAUCAAUUCGAUGAACAUUCCUUUCACACAAUAGGAGUUGAGUUCCUGAACAAAGAUAUUGAUAUUGAUGGAGAUACCUACACUUUACAAAUAUGGGAUACAGCAGGCCAAGAAAGAUUCAAGACAUUGAGGACGCCUUUUUAUAGGGGUAGCGAUAUUUGCAUGUUGACAUACGCUGUCGACGAUAAAUCAAGUUUUAAGAAUGUAGAAAUGUGGCAAAAUGAGUUCUUGUAUUACGCAGAUGUGAAGGAUUCCAGCCAAUUUCCAUUUGUCUGCAUUGGAAAUAAAUCCGACGUCCCGUCGGAAGAGCGAGAAGUGUCCCAACUGGAAAUGGAAACCUGGUGCAAUGAAAAUUCGAUAACCUCUUGCAUAGAAACCUCGGCGAAAAAUGCGAGUAACGUGCAAGAGGCGUUUAAGAUGGCCGUGCAACAGUGGUUGAGGCUUGAGUCCAGAGCCGACAGAACGGAACCCCUUAUUAACGAUACCGUGGAUUUGACCAAGAAGCAAUCCGAAAACCGGACAUCGUGCUGUAUAGGAGCUACGGACGAAUAAGUACUUUGUUUAUUUUUACCUGAAGUAUUUUUUGUUUGUUAUUUAUUGACGCAAUCUUUAAUUCAGUGGAAAUGUAUUUUGCUUAAACCAUCAUUAAAUUUAUUUGGUUUGUGAAA